AUCGAUUACGCCAAAAAAGGCGACGGCGGCAGUGGAAUGAAGUCUCCCAUAUCUUCUGUUAGACUCGCCAAUGCUGUGGAAUCAAUGGUGCAAAGAUCAUCGUUCUUGUGGAACUGGAAAUUAAAAACGACACUUGUCAAUCAAGGUAACACUUUAUCAGCCUUGGACAUCCUCUAUGGCCGAACCUUCACCGACGGAUCAACAUCAAAUUUUCACGGUUAUUUUCAAUACAGCCAGUUGAAUGCCUAACUCGAACACUAUUUUAAGAGGACCUAAAUCUCUUGUUUUGUUUUUUUUCAAGUUGAAAUAGAGUCUGAUCGAGCAAAAUUGAUCAGUGACGAUUUAAGCUUUGACGCUAAGGAUAUGGAAAACUCACCCCAGGUUAUUAUUCUAGGAAAUACAAUAUAG